AGUCACUUCUCACAAAAGGGAAAUCUAAUUAUUUUCUUUUCUCAGCCGCAUUAGCCGCUCAUUCACACCUGGUCGACAACGAACCUGCUUCUCCUGACGAGAGAGAGGAAAAAAAAAGGAGAAGAAGUCGCACUUGUUGACACUUGAGCUUUCUUUGAACUUCACCAAAAGCUGUGAGCUCGUAAACCAGCCAUGAGCCUGUGCUGGUAUAAAACACACCCUCACCUCACCUGAGUGGACCCAACACACAAACUCACACAGAUGGACGGUGCAGAGGUUAAUCAGUUGACCGCUAAACUUCUGGUGCAGUGGGACUGGAGGACAGACACCCAACAUUUCGAGGAGCAAAGCAACACCAUGAGACAUGGAUAUUCCUUACCUGCAUCCUCUGGCUCUCCUUGCUCUCCGUGUUCUUCCUCAUCAUCAUCCUCCUCCUCAUCUUCUCCAGAGGCUCCGGGGGAAAUUUUCUCGGAUUAUUCGUACCAUGCCAGAAAGGCUGCGCAGACGUCGAAACCUUCUAGACCCAAGAUGUCGACGAAGAGGCGCAUGAAGGCGAGCGAGAGAGAGAAGAUGCGCAUGAGGAGUUUAGCUGAAGCUCUGCAUCAGCUCCGGGAUUACCUGCCUCCUGUCUACAGCCGCAGAGGACAACCACUGACCAAGAUCCAGACUCUCAAGUACACCAUCGAGUACAUAAAGCAGCUGUCGGAAAUCCUCAGCCAAGAAUGAACCGACGCCGACUCUGACACAGAGAUGUUCAUGGACACUGGUCAUUAUUUUAAUUCAGCUUGUAUUUUGGGUGACUAAAAACGUUCUUUGUA